AUGAUCCCCCCGGGAGAGUGUACCUAUGCUGGCAGGAAGAGGAGAAAGCCUGUUCAGAAGCGGAGGCCUGCCAUGGGUGCUGAGAAGUCCAACCCUUCCAAAAGGCACCGAGAUCGUCUCAAUGCAGAGCUGGACCACCUGGCCAGCCUGCUGCCCUUUCCACCUGACAUCAUCUCAAAGCUGGACAAGCUUUCUGUCCUGCGCCUCAGUGUCAGUUACCUCAGGGUGAAGAGCUUCUUCCAAGCCUUGCAGGAGACGCAGUGGCCAGCAGUGACCCUCUCAUCUGGAGAAAGCCCUUCUGGAGGGCGUCCUGUGCAGGAAGGGCAACUGAUGCUAGAGUCUCUCCAUGGCUUUGCACUAGUGGUAAGUGCAGAAGGGAUGAUCUUCUAUGCUUCAGCAACGAUCGUGGACUAUCUGGGCUUCCACCAGACAGAUGUGAUGCAUCAAAACAUUUAUGACUAUAUCCAUGUGGAAGACCGCCAGGACUUCUGCCGGCAACUUCACUGGGCCAUGGAUCCUCCGCAGGCCCCGUGUGCGCAGCCCCAGUGCUCUGAGACAGAUAACAUCAUGCUGGAAAAGCUGCUCAGGACCCAGGAAGGCACCUCAGGCUUGCUGCCGGAGUACUCUGCCUUCCUGACCCGUUGCUUUGUCUGUCGUGUGCGCUGCUUGCUGGACAGCACCUCUGGCUUUCUGACCAUGCAGUUCCAAGGGAAGCUGAAGCUCUUGUUUGGACAGAAGAAGAAGGGGCCAUCGGGUGCGGUGCUGCCCCCUCCACUCUCGCUCUUCUGCACAGUGGUGCCGGUCAUCUCACCCUCCGCAGCAGAGAUGAAAAUGAGCAGCACAUUCUUGAGGGCAAGGCACGGGUCAGACAUGGACCCAAGGUCAAAGGCCACCACAAGUCUGUAUGAGUUAGAACUUCACAGAAAAUCUGGCUACUUUGCAGGGAGGAGCAAUGAAGAAAACAGCAUUCCUGAAUUUAGAGCACAAAUGGACAGUAGCUGCCUGGCUCGGUCUCUAGCCAGGGCCCCAUGCCUGUGCUUCAGAGGCAACUCUGACUUCAUCCUGAACCCCAAGUGGGGAGCAGGGGACCAGGAGGAAGAGGGUCAGGAGAGGAUGCCAAGUGCAUAUGCAAAAGCGAAGAGGCAGAAGGAGAUGCACAGAAACAAUUGUCACUCAGAGACAUCUGUGCCCAUGAGGCCUCUGAACUGGGUGACAGAGCCGCGCAGUCCAGAGGACGGCAGCAAGCUAAGGCUUGAGCCUGGUAAGAAGAACCCAUGCCCCAUGUGUGCUGCACCCCACAGCUCCUGCGUGUCCUAUCCAGGCACCCAGAGCAUGUCCAGUGCAAGUGGCUUGGCUACCACCUUCAGCGAUUCACUGGGCAGCCCCCUCAGUGCCUACUGCAGCCAGAUAAACAGACCCCUGAGGGAUGUCCACCAGGCCCAGGUGUACCCGUCCACCUAUCAUGUCCCCCACAGCACCCUGGGGACCCGGCUCCCCCCAUCUGGGGUGCAGUGCUUCAUGGCUGGAGGCUUCUCCAUAGAGGGCACCAACUUGCCUGGCCUGCCGGUGUCCACAGGCCCUCCCUGCAGCCCCCUGUCGCUGGAAGUGCCAAUCAAGAUGGAAAAUGAUGCUGAGGCACAGGACAUGGCCGGUGGCUGCCCUCCCAGCAGGGUGUGUCUGGGAUCCCGGGCUGUGGCCAAGAGACACGUGGUCACUUUCUCUGCCAAGGUGCACCUGAAAACAGAGCCAGGCUACCAGCCCCAGGCCUGUACCCAGCCCCCUGAGUGCAGUGUGUUGGGGGCUCAUCUCCACAAGAGGGCCACAGCUGGGCCCUGCAGGGAGCUGGCCCCACUCUACCCUGCACCCUGUUCCUGCCGGGAGCAGUGGGCUCCCCACCACCUCUGCACGCCAGGCCACAGAGAGAGCCAACAUAACCCUCUGGGCUGUGAUGGCAGAGCUCCUGGGGCUGGCCCUGUGGUCAAGUGUGAGCCCCUAGACUCACUGUCCUGGGCAUCCCCUGGCCAGGGGGCUGUAUCUGAGAUGUUCCCCAAAGUGCCCCUGUGA